UAUCAAAGAUGUUUGAAGCACACAGUAUUAAUGCUGAGCAUAAAGAUUUAAUUCAUGAUAUUGCAUAUGAUUUUUAUGGACAACGAAUGGCAACAUGUUCUAGUGAUCAAUUUGUAAAAGUCUGGGAUGAGGAUGAACAUGGAAAUUGGCAUUUAACUGCUUCUUGGAAAGCACACAGUGGGUCUGUGUGGAAAGUAACAUGGGCACAUCCAGAAUUUGGCCAAGUUUUGGCAACAUGUUCAUUUGAUAGAACAGCAGCUGUAUGGGAAGAGAUAGUUGGAGAAGGAUCAGGACCAGGAGAGCGUGGCAUGAGACAUUGGGUUAGAAGAACAAACUUAGUAGAUUCUAGAAAGUCUGUUACAGAUGUAAAAUUUGCACCUAAAACUUUGGGACUUUUAUUAGCUACUUGUAGUGAAGAUGGAGUAAUUAGAAUAUAUGAAGCUCCUGAUGUUAUGAAUCUAAGUCAGUGGACUCUGCAACAUGACAUUAGUUGUAAACUUCAAUGUAGUUGUCUUUCAUGGAAUCCAUCUCUUUCAAGGUUACAUCCUCCAAUGAUAGCAGUUGGAAGUGAUGAUGCAAAUCCAUCAUCUGAAGGAAAAGUUUUUAUAUAUGAAUAUUCUGAGAGCAGUAGAAGAUGGACAAAAACACAAACAUUAAAUAUUGUUGAUCCUAUUCAUGAUAUUGCAUUUGCUCCAAAUUUAGGUAGAAGUUUUCAUACAUUGGCUAUUGCAUCAAAAGAUGUACAAAUAAUUACAUUGAAACCUUUGUUGUGAGUAUAAAUUUUAAAAUUUAUACAAAUAUCGACAGCACAAUUCUCUGAUCAUGACUUUACUGUAUGGCGAGUAUGUUGGAACAUUAUGGGAACUAUUUUAGCAAGUUCAGGAGAUGAUGGUUGUGUUCGAUUAUGGAAAGAUAAUUACAUUAACAAUUGGAAAUGUGUUGCUGUUUUGAAAGGUGAUGGCACUUCUGCUCAAAGUGCUGAAACUUCUACAGUAGCAACACCACCUAAUCAUUCAACAGGAAUACAACAAACAUCUUCUACAACAAGGUACUACAAAUUGGGUUCCAUCAGUCAUCCAAACCAAGUGCCUUGGCAUUAG